GUACGGCUCAGGGGCAGGGAAUCCCUCUGCCUCAGGUGUAGGCUUCCUGCCCGUGUUGAGCGGAUGAUGGGGCCUGUAGCUGCACUCCAUGCCUGAUUUUUACCGUUCAUCCACGCUGGGUGUGGGUAGUUCUGCUCUUCAUCUUCCUUUUGAGUAAGGCAUGUCGUCUACAGAAGUUACUGUGCAUGCUUAGUUUGGGUUGGUGCUGAUUUCUGAGUGUGUCUGUUAAUGAUAGUAAGUCAUAAGUAUAUGUGGCAAAAUACAUAUGCCCUUUUACUUUUUUUUUCUUUCUCUUUUUAAUGGCAUAAUGUAGUAAGUGUUCUGUUUUACUUGUGUAUGUUUAAGUGUGUUGUUACAGCCUUCCAAUGGAGAUAAAAGUAGUCAGAAGGUAUGAAACAAGAAAUAAAACAGCAGCAACAGAACUGUCAUCAUCCAAAUCCCGAGUUGAUUGGAGACGCACUAAGAGGGAGCUCAUACUACUUGACAGUAAUGAUGAAUCCUCGGGUACCUCUGAGGAGGAAGAGCCUAGUACAUCAGAAGAUGAAGUAGAUGACAAAGAUGAAACUGCUGUGAAGAACAGCCUUUCAGGUCACAAAGAGAAAAGUCACAAUGGGGAAGUAACAGACAGUAGUGAGGAUGAGGAGUGCAUUGUGCCUGGAAAGCGCAAAAGGUUGAACUCAUCUGUCUUGUAUGACAGUGAUGAAAGUGAGGACAGUGAUAUACUUGUUAGAAAAGUUUUUGCCAAGCGCCACUGUAUAAUAGAUGAAGAUGAGAAUUCCAGAGAACUACAACCUGAUAAAAACUGCUCUACAGAAAAUGGUUCUACUAAUAAGAAAGUGUUUGCAAAAUUGAAACAGCUUGCAAGACAAAGAACAACCUGGAGAUCUGGCAGAAGUGAAAAUUGUGAGGACUCUAGUAGUGAAGCAGAAAUGGAGGAGGAGCCGUUCUCUCACUUGCCCCUCACGCCCACAGAAGGUAGUGAAACUGACUGCAACAGCUUGAAAGAUUUUAUAGUAGAGGAAGAAGAAGAUGAUGAUGAUGAUGACACAAAGCAUGUAAUGGGUGAAAACGAGCCACAACACAAGGAACUGAAUGGAUCAAAUAGUUUGCUGGCAAACUAUGUCCCAAACUUAUCUCGCUGUGAUCAUUAUGUACACUUCAAAAGAAUAGUAAAGGCUUUCCUCAUAAAUGCAAUUGAUGACACUUUUCUGAGCUCAUUAUAUGAUGGAACAAGACAUAAGAAGUAUGCACAGGAUAUGUUGCUCUCACUUCAUUAUUUGGAUGACCGCUUCAUUCAGCCUCGUCUUGAGAACUUAGUCUCUGGAAGUCGUUGGAAAGAUCGAUACAAGGUUUUGGAAGUUGGCAUGGUGUGUGCAGAUCGGACAAGAGUUUACCAUAAUUUGAAGCACUUCAAAUACAAGUUGUACCUGCAUUGUAGCUCCAUUACCGAGUUAGAUGGUUUUGAAGAUGAACCAGUCAAAGACACAGUAGAACGUCUUUCCAGCCAGCUGGAAGACAGUGGGUGGAUUCAGAAGAGAUACAGUGAUCUUGAAGACUGUAUGAAUGCUGCAGACAAUUUCCAAGAAGAGAGAAUAGAUUAAGUGGUCACAUCACAUUUUGAAAGACAUCUAUAAAAAAAUUGAAUGACCUGCAUUAUGUGUGCACUUUAUCUCUGCUUGGUCUUCAAGAUUCUUUCUAGGCUGUUACGUUUAAAUCCAUAUGCCUUCAACCGACUGUUUGAGAAUUUGCUCUAUUUUUUGUCUUAUUUGCAUCAAUAAUAACCCAAAGUUAUAUCAAAUCA